GGUAGUUCCCAUUACAACGUUCGACUCCUCUUUUGUUUUUGUUGUUGUGUCAACCCACCAUUUCUACGUGCUCAGUACUUUUCGGCUAAAUCCCGCUCUUCUUCUGCCAUUCUUGUUUUUUCACUUUAUUUUCUUCACUCAAAACCCCAAAGAAAAGAAAGAAAAAAAAGGAACUUUUAAUUCGAACCCAAACGAUGAAGUAACAUAACUCAGUCACUUGCUUCCUAGAAAACGACGUCGUUUAAGGCGAUUUCAGAGGCAGAUGUUCACUGAGGGUCUUGAUAACAACGCCCUCAAGUGGGUUAGAGAGGGUUCUGGGCAGCAGACAAAGGAAAUUCCUUACUCUAUUUCAAGCCAAAGAUCAAGAAUUGAUCCUAUUGGCAGCAUGAGAAAUGGCAGCCGCAAUGUUGGACUUCCACCACCUUCCAAAUUCCGUAGUGGCCAUUUAUCAGGAGUUAUUCCGGUAUCUAGAGUUAUUCCUGGAGAUUUAGAUGAAAGUGCAUCAGCUUCUGAUAAUGACAUGAUCACUGACUCGGAAGAGGAGGUUUAUGGGGGAAGAUACUCACUGGAUUCAUCACCACACGAUGAUAGAAUUCCUAGCACUACUGCAGCCACUCAAAGAUAUUACAAUCUCCCACAAAGGCGUGCUGCUGCGCUGUAUGCAAGUGACAGUGUGUACUCUGAUGAUGUUAGUUCGUCGAUGGAGACGUUGGGGAGAGGUCGUGGAUAUGUGGCCGAUAGAUUGAUGAGAGGAGCUAAUAGAUAUCCAAUUGGAAGUAGUGUUUAUACUGAGGAGGAAUCUUCUGAUUCUGCUGCAAGCUCUGAGUUUUCCUCGACUCAAGUUGGGACCAAUAAUGGAACCGUUCCACGAUCAACAAAUUAUGCAUCUGAGGGGUAUGCUUCCAGCAUUCCGUCAAGAUUGAAUACAGGAAACAAGACUCAGAAGGAUAUGACCUCUGGGAAUUUACAGAAGAAGGCCGCUUCUGAUGAAGAGGUUCCCAGUGCACCUCCAUUUUGUAGUUCUGCUGCCGAAAUCAAAGAAGUUGAUGAACGGGUCCCUGCCUCUAGUACAGUUAAUGUGCAAUCUACAGCAGAAGGUAGUGGUCUCUCAACUAAGGCAAAUAGUUACAUUCCUUCUGGCUUAAAUGACCAGGUCAAAGUUCCAAAUCAUUCUGACUCACCUGUGAGGACGACUGCUGCUGCUGUAGAAAGUGGAGGACCUUCGGGUUCUUAUCCUGCUCGCCUUCCAACUUUUCAUGCCAGUGCACUAGGGCCAUGGCAUCGUGUGCUUGCUUAUGAUGCGUGUGUUAGGCUUUGCCUGCAUGCUUGGGCUAAGGGUUGCUUGGAAGCUCCGAUGUUCUUGGAGAGUGAAUGUGCUCUCCUAAGGAAUGCGUUUAGGUUACAACAAGUUCUAUUACAAUCAGAGGAGGAAUUAAUGGCAAAUCGCUCUUCAGAGCUUCCUAAGGAGGCGGCUGCCGCAAAACCUAAGCAAAUGGUUGGAAAGAUGAAGAUCCAAGUUAGGAAGGUUAAAAUGGGCCUGGACCCACCUACUGGCUGCAGUUUUUCUUCCUUGAAAACACCAACAAUAAAGAUGGAAUCUGUUAGAUAUCACCUAUCAAAUUUGCGGUCAACAUUCUCUUCAGGAUGGCAAGCAGUUCGCAAAGUCCGUUUUGCUCCUCGUAUGCCUGCAAAUGGUUCAUUCUCGCGCCAGAGUUUGGCAUAUAUGCAGGCGAGCACCCAAUAUAUAAAGCAAGUUUCUGGACUCCUGAAAAUUGGUGUGACAUCUCUACGCAGCAGUCCAUCGUCUUAUGAAGUUUUUCAAGAGACAUACUAUUGUUUAUUACGACUAAAAAGUUCAAUGGAAGAGGAUGCUAUAAAAAUGCAACCUGGAUCAGGCGAAACCCACAUUUUCUUUCCAGAUAGUUUUGGAGAUGACCUAAUUGUUGAAGUCCUGGAUUCCAAUGGAAAGCAUUAUGGCCGUGUCCUUGCUCAAGUCGCCACCAUUGCUGAAGAACCGGGUGAGAAACUUCGAUGGUGGUCUGUCUAUCGUGAACCAGAGCACGAGUUUGUUGGCAAAGUACAACUCUUUAUAAAUUACUCAGCUACAUUUGAUGAAAAUAGUCAUCUUAAGUGUGGUUCGGUUGCAGAAACUGUUGCUUAUGACCUAGCACUUGAAGUUGCAAUGAAGAUUCAGCAAUUCCAACAAAGAAACUUGACACUACAUGGUCCUUGGAAAUGGUUACUCACUGAGUUUGCAUCAUACUAUGGAGUUUCUGAUGCAUAUACUAGAUUAAGGUACCUUUCAUAUGUCAUGGAUGUCGCAACACCAACUGCUGAUUGUCUUACAAUUGUGCAUGAUCUUUUGUUGCCUGUAAUAAUGAAGGGCCGUUCUAAGAGCACCCUCAGUCAUCAAGAGAAUCGUAUUUUGGGGGAAGUUGAGGACCAGAUUGAACAGAUCUUUGCGAUGGUUUUUGAAAACUACAAGUCAUUGGAUGAGUCAACACCAUCAGGGAUAAUGGAUGUU